AUGUGGAAGAAGGCGGUGGAUAGAGAGCGCAAGAGCGCGCACUUCAAUACAAUUGCCGAGCGCGUGGCCUCAGCCCCUGACGACGGCAUUGCGCGUGACGAUUUGGAGAAGAAGACCACCGAGUUCCACAAGCUUCUCCAAAUCUCUUCCGAAGAGCGCGAUCGCGUUCAGCGGAUGCAGGUCAUCGACCGCGCCUCCGCCGCCAUCGCGGCUGCCAGGGCGCUUCUGCGGGAUAGCGACACCGCCAGUUCCAGCGACGAUUCCGGCGAAAAACAGCACGAAUUGGGUUCGGGAACGAAUGGGACUAUUCUUGUGCAAGAGUCAGAAACUCAGGGAAAUGGUGUGCCUGGCCCUGAUUUUUGGUCCUGGACUCCUCCUGUGGAGAGUGAUGUUCCCUCAGAUGAUAGCAGUGUGUUGCAGCCAAAUACCAAACCUUCUGUUCUUUCAACCUUGCCCAGUGCAGUUGCCGAGAAGGAGCGGACACCGCAAUUUCUCUCUAUUCCAUUUGAGAGUAGUCAUACUCUUCCACCCUUUCAGUCGUUUUUGGAGGUUGGGAAAGCCGAAUCUGCAUCCGAACCAGAUUUACCUUCCUUGUCUCUUUCCGAGGAAGAGGAACAGAUACGUGAUGAAUCAUUUUCUGGCUACGCAGAAGAAGCAGCACAUGCCCUUAGUGAAGCCAAUAAAUCGUCACCUAUUGGAGUGAAUCUGGAUGGAUCAAGAUGGUGGAAAGACACUGGAAUUGAGCGAAGACCUGAUGGUGUGAUCUGCAGAUGGACAAUGACCAGAGGUGUUAGUGCUGACAAAGAGAUUGAGUGGCAAGAGAAGUACUGGGAGGCUUCAGAUGAUUUCGGCUAUAAGGAACUUGGUUCUGAGAAAUCCGGCCGUGACGCAAAUGGAAAUGUUUGGCGUGAAUUUUGGAGAGAAUCCAUGAGUCAGGAAAAUGGGCUUAUGAAUUUUGAGAAAACUGCAGACAAGUGGGGAAGUAAUGGGAAAGGUAAUGAGUGGCAGGAAAAAUGGGGGGAACGCUACAAUGCCGCCGGUCAAACAGAAAAAUGGGCAGACAAGUGGUGCAGUAUUGACCCAAACACACCACUUGAACCUGGACAUGCUCAUGUUUGGCAUGAAAGGUGGGGUGGGAAAUAUGACGGGUAUGGUGGGAGCAUAAAAUACACUGACAAAUGGGCUGAACGGUCAGUGGAUGGUGUAUGGGAGAAAUGGGGUGACAAAUGGGAUGAAAACUUCGAUCCAAAUGGUAAUGGCGUGAAGCAGGGGGAGAGCUGGUGGGAAGGUAAGCAUGGAGAACGCUGGAACCGAACAUGGGGCGAGCAACACAAUGGAUCUGGUUGGAUUCACAAGUACGGCAAGAGCAGUUCUGGGGAACACUGGGACACACACGUCAAUGAAGAAACCUGGUACGAGAAAUUCCCUCAUUAUGAUUUCUUUCACUGCUAUGAAAACUCUGUCCAGCUCAGGCAAGUUCCCCAACCAUCUGAAAUUCUGGAAUCUCCCAAACCAUCUCAAGUUCUGGAAUCAGAAAUACAGCAAGUUGAGGAACCUUGA